CUUGCUCUUUCUGCGUCGCAGCCAUCAUCUCCGCAGUGAACGGACGCAUUUCUAUGAGCUCCUUGUCAUCACCUUCGAACUCUUCUUCUCGUCGUCGUCGAAAGAAUUCUUCAAGUAGCAAAAAAAAUAAAACAUCAGCGGGUCGACGCAAUAUGGCGGUAGUCGAACCAUCCUCUCCGUCGACUGCCUUCUCGUGGAGACAAGAGAAAACCUUACCGACACCCAAAAAGUCGCACGGGAUACCCCCUGCUAAAUUCCACCUCAAACAACACCAAGAAGGUCAUGCCAUCGACUCUCACGGCAACGGAGACGAGCCAUCUUCAUUACGUGAUAUGAAAGAAACAUCUGUUCCGGAAUGGAAGGAAAGAACAGAGCGAAAUCUGCUCAUCCAGGAACAAAAAUCUUUCACGAAAGAACUCGAAGACAGGCGCAAAGGCUUUCGUAGAAUUACGCAGCUGAAAACAUGGCCCCUCCAAGAUAUGGCGUAAGUUGCCAAACAGUGUUGUGCGAUGUCAUGGCAUACGGUGUGAAGCGGUAUGGUGUGACGCAUAAACGAAAAAUCACUAUUCUUUGUCGAGUAUUCCAGCACCAUUGUCAAUAACCCUCCUGACCGAAUCGAUUCACUGUUUUCCAUCUAUUUUGCACUCAGUAUGGAUCAUUUGGACCAUCUUUUGGGCAUAAACGCUAGCUAUCAAUUUCACGGUGGAGACUAUCUUUCAGCAGAAUCCUCGAGCUCGGUUUCUUCCGUAGAGUCAUCAAAGCCCCGCCUCAAAACAACUACAAUGAUCAAGACUCUAACUACAUCCACAUCCGACAAUCCAACCGCAGACGACUCUAACAAAAAGACCCAAAGCCAGGAGAUCCGUGGAGGCUAUCAUGAUUUCGGCGAACAAUCUGCAAGCGUUGCUGUAGAAGAAUCGAUCGACAACCAAAAGCAACAACGAUCGCCUCUAUGGAGCUUGGAACCACGCAUAUUUGCAACAGAGAAAGGCGCCGGGAAACGAAAAUACUUAGUUGGGCAAUUCGGUCGGAUAGCAGACUGGUACUGGCGCAAAACCGAACCCACCUCGCGGCAUCUAUACGAGGUUAUUCGGGAGGGCACACCCUGUCGCUUAUACUUUGAUUUGGAAUUCAGCCGAGCUCACAAUCCAUCGGUUCCCACAACACAGCUCCUCCACGAACUCGAAGACGAGCUAGCAACGGAACUACAAAUGCAUUACGGAACUUUUUUACCUCGACUCAAAUCAUCGCAAAUCGUCAAUCUUGAUUCUUCCAAUGAAAAGAAAUUUUCAAGGCACUGGAUUGUUCACUUAUUUCAGGAGCCGGAAGGGAAGGAAGGUAAACACAGCACGACUUACAAACAAGAAGAAGAGUUUCUUUUUAAAGAUGCCCCAACGGUAGGUCGUUUCAUCAAACGAAUGGUGGGGCGGUUGGCGGAUGAUAUUGGAGUGGAGGGAGGAGAUUUUUCGAAGAAACGACCUGCUUUGUACAAAUAUCUUUUUGUCAACAUGAAGGACGAGGGCAAAAGGACUUGCUUCAUUGAUCUGGGUGUCUACACACGAAAUCGACUUUUUCGAUGUUUUGGAAGUAGCAAGAAAGGAAAGACUUCUGCUCUUCAAGCAGUGCUUAGUGAGAGAGUAGAACCAAAUGUAGAGUAUGUAGCAAAAGACGUUGAAGGCAGCAACAAGCUAACCGAUACUGCUACCGAGCGCCACUAUUUUCCACUAAGUAUUCCACCCAAAAAGGAAGUCUCAGCUUCGCAAUCAUCAAGGAUUCAGUCGUUUGAUGAUUUUAUAGUUGCCAAUGAUUGGGAGCCCCACGCCCAAGCACUCGCUGACAGCCUUGUGGUACCCUUAAAGCAAGGACCACAACUAUUGGCAUCGACAAUCGGAGAGGACAAUAGCAACAAUCUCAUAAAAAUUCUCGAUGUUGAAGAAGGUUCAUAUGGAUCAACUUCAGUUUCUGGUUUCCUGGAUAGUUCAAAAGCAACUUCCCAGCGUAGAUAUCCUUCUGCUAUACCGAUGGCACGUCAGGGGAGUCCGCUCCCGUCUUUGGAUCAAUAUGUUGUUGAUAACUUGAGCAAUCGAGGAGGUGUGCAGGGUUCCAUACGUGCUUGGUCCAUUGAAUACGGACCUCGCGAGACACCUGUUUCAUUCACCUACCACAUACAAAAGAAUCGGUUCUGUGAAAUCAUAGGGCGACCUCACAAAUCCAAUGGUAUAUUCUGGACUAUUGACGUGAGCUCUUGGACAUGUAUCCAAGGUUGUUUCGAUCGCGAAUGUUACGGUCGUGGAUGCCCAAUACCGAUAUCCAACGAUGGCAAACAAAGCGGGAAAGGAGGGAGACUAGACAAAAUAAAGGAAGAAUUCGAAUCGUGGCAGGAAGAAGAAUUCGAAAAAGCUCUGAUGGCUCUGAAUCUUGACCAUGCCAUCGCUUCACAAAACGAUACCGAACAAUCUGGUACGCCUACGCAUCAAAGUGGAAAUGAUGCCAAAAAAGACGAGGAAGAACUAUACGACUCGGAUUCACUUUCCGAUGACGCUUUGCUGCAGGCUGCGUUAAAUAAUCCAGAAUUGUUUCCUUAGAAAUUAGCUUUUUAGCACAUAAAAUUAUAU